AUGGGAUUCUAUAGGAACUUGUUGGGUUUUAUAACUCUGUUUGGCUUUCUGCAAUUAACCAAACAGCACUGCUACAUGAUGAAGCUGGUGGGCGCCAAGUCCUGGGAUACGCCCAACUACGGGCUGAAGAUCAACAUGUUCGAGAAGAACAACUCGAUGUCCUCGGUGACGACGGUGCGUCAGGAUGUGGCCAUUCCGUUGUGGCACCUCGUCCUUUUGCAGCAUCCGCGAAAAAGGAGUUCCGGCGCCUCGGCGAGUCGAGCGGAAUUGCCGCGAACCCUCUACAAUUCAACGACUAAGACCUGCGACUUCUGGAAAUACAUUCGCCACGUCUCCGCCUGGAACAACGUGGCCAAGCUGAUGCUCUCGAAGGGCGCCAGCAAUAUGAGCCUCGCCUGUCCCUUGAAACAGGGCGUAUACGUGAUGAAUCGCAUCCAAGUGCCGCCGGAAACGGCGAUCCUGAAGUUCAUGUACCACCCGAAUACACUGUACACCCUCGAGGGCACCGUCUUCGCCCUGAGUCCCAAGGACAAGGUCACCAAGAGGGCUCUGUGCCACUAUGAGAUCAAUGCCACUAUCUAUAAGUCUUGCUAA